CUGUUUUAAGCCACUGAAACACGGGUGAAAAGUAAUGGCUUUGGCACACACCCUCGUCUACGGCUGCAACCAUCACUUGGUUAAAAUCAAGUUAUGCUCAGAUUCAACUCAGACACCUAAACCCAUUGAUUUCUCUGGUGGAUCCCAACCAAAGAAGCGUUGCUUGAGGUGCAAAACCCUGUUCUCCGAUGCUGAUAAUUCUCCUACUGCUUGCUCCUUCCACGGCCAUGCCACAGGGGAGAAAGGAUUGUUUGCACUGGCACCACCACACCAGGGGAUUGAUGGGGACUGGAGCGAUGCCUCUGGGGUCAUAGUGUACAAAUGGAAUGAAGAAAACAAUAGGCCAAACACUGGGCGUCUCAAUUGGAAGAAGAGAUGGAGUUGCUGUCAAGAGUAUGAUGAAAAUGCUCCUCCUUGUUCCCGUGGAUGCCAUGUCUCCUACGACGAUGGCUUCACUUUGUAUUAGAUUUUACAAACUCUUACCUAUAUAUUUAGGAUGAUAGAACA